AUGUCGGAGGCGCAUUGGGUACUCGAUCAAAGGCUCGGUGGUCCAAAGAAUCCUUAUGCAGUUCGGACGCUAUUAGGUGGGCACUUCGUGGUUCCUCUACCAUGUAAGAAGGGUGUCAAUACCGGUAUGGGAAACUAUGCGUCAGCACUCUCGAGGUUGAACAGCCUGAAGCGGCGCUUAAUUAAUGACGAGUCGCUACGGUUCCGCUACGCACAAACGAUGAAGAUGACUAUAGAGAAGGAAUAUGCCGUGCCAGUCCCAGGGGAACAGUUACAAUGCGACUUUCAUACGCGUUGCGCAAGUACCAACCUGGUUCAACUGGCUCAAUUUGAUUCCAGCUGUCAGAAAGGUACAACUACCAAGGAGAGCCCGGCAAUGCUUUUUAAAUCCAGACGCCUGCGAUCCUCCCUACAGUGCCUCGACUCCAGUGACGUCGUAUACUUCCGUGGUAACGAUUUGCGACCCGCAUCUGGUAUAGUCACACGACAACUGGGUCGAGCCAUGAUGGAAAUUACCGACUUGAAUGGUGCUACUGUGCACAAGCGACACGUGGACCGAAUCCACUUCAAAUCAUCCAAGGACCAGCGGCAAAAAGAGAAGCGAGGGCGACAGUCAGUUGCAUACCCCAUCAGCACAACCGACGGAGCCGCAUGA